CACCACUCACUCAAUCUUUCUAUCUCUAUCUUUGUAUCUCUAACUUCAAGACCAUAUAUCCAAUAAUAUAUACUUUUCUUUCUUUCUUUUCUGUAGCCAAACAGUACCUUUCCGUUAACUAGUUCAAUCACUCACUCAUCAAAUUCAUAAAAACACUUAAAAUUAAAUUUCCACACCAAUUAAUAUAACUAGUUCCAUCCAAUCCAUAUAUAACAACUCUUAACCCACAAUGAUUAGUGGGCAUGAUUUCUACACUGUCAUGGCAGCCAUGGUCCCUUUAUACGUUGCCAUGAUUCUUGCUUACGGUAGUGUAAGGUGGUGGAAAAUCUUUUCACCCGAUCAAUGCUCCGGUAUAAACCGUUUUGUCGCUAUUUUCGCGGUCCCGUUACUCUCGUUUCACUUCAUUUCAUUAAACAAUCCUUACGAAAUGAACUUUCGGUUCAUCGCGGCCGAUACACUUCAAAAAAUAAUCAUGUUAGUCGUACUCGGCUUUUGGGCAAAAUUCGCGAAAAAUGGUAGUCUUGAAUGGAUGAUUACCAUUUUUUCGCUUUCUACGCUACCCAAUACUUUAGUUAUGGGUAUUCCUUUACUUAUUGCUAUGUACGGGGAAUACUCCGGAUCUUUGAUGGUUCAGGUUGUGGUGCUUCAAUGUAUCAUAUGGUACACAUUACUAUUAUUUUUGUUUGAGUUUCGUGGGGCGAAAAUACUAAUAAUGGAACAAUUCCCGGAAACAGCGGGGUCGAUUGUGUCGUUUAAAGUAGAGUCGGAUGUGGUGUCAUUAGAUGGACAUGAUUUUUUGGAAACGGAUGCGGAAAUUGGGGAUGAUGGGAAGCUUCAUGUGAGGGUGAGGAAAUCGAAUGUUUCGAGAAGGUCGGUCGGGCUAAACGGAAUGACUCCACGGCCGUCGAAUUUAACCGGGGCGGAAAUUUAUAGUUUGAGUUCGUCUAGAAAUCAGACUCCAAGAGGGUCGAAUUUUAAUCAUUCGGAUUUUUAUUCUAUGAUGGGGUUUCCGGGUGGGAGGUUAUCGAAUUUUGGUCCAGCUGAUAUGUACUCUGUUCAGUCGUCGAGGGGUCCAACCCCUCGACCAUCUAAUUUCGAAGAGAGUACGGCUCCUGGACCGUUAAACUCUCCAAAAUUUGGAUCUUAUCCUGCUCCAAAUCCGGAGAUAACUUCAAUGGUUCCAAAGACCACAAAAGGAAUGCAGAUGCAACAAAAUGGGCCACAAAAUAAGGCCAAAAAUGACGACAAAGAGCUUCAUAUGUUCGUGUGGAGCUCAAGUACUUCACCCGUUUCUGAUGUGGGCGGGCUUCAUGUUUUUGGUGGUACGGAACAAUCGGGUCAACCCGAUCACGAUGAUGCUAAAGAAAUCCGAAUGGUUGUCUCUUCCGAUCAACAUGAAACUAAAGGGCCCCGGGAAUUCAAGCGAGAUGAAUUCAGUUUCGGCGGUGGAGAUGACGAUGAAGAGAGGGAAAAAGAGGGUUCGGUUGGGCUAACAAAACUCGGUUCAAGCUCAACCGCGGAGCUCGGUCCAAAAGAGGUUACGGUUCUUGGAGGGAAUGCCGGAAAACAAAUGCCACCAGCAAGUGUUAUGACCCGAUUGAUACUAAUCAUGGUUUGGAGGAAACUUAUUCGAAACCCGAAUACAUAUUCUAGUCUCAUUGGUCUAAUUUGGUCACUUGUUUCAUUCAGGUGGCAUGUGGCUAUGCCAAAAAUAAUAGAGAAAUCUAUUUCUAUACUUUCGGAUGCUGGUCUUGGAAUGGCUAUGUUUAGUUUAGGUUUGUUUAUGGCACUUCAACCAAAGAUAAUAGCGUGUGGAAAUUCCGUUGCUGCCUUUUCAAUGGCUAUUAGAUUUUUAACGGGACCAGCCGUGAUGGCGGCUGCUUCCCUUAUCGUUGGCCUCCGUGGUACCCUCCUCCAUGUCGCCAUCGUACAGGCCGCACUUCCACAAGGAAUUGUACCAUUUGUUUUCGCUAAGGAAUACAAUGUUCAUCCAGCAAUUCUCAGCACUGCGGUGAUAUUUGGAAUGUUGAUUGCAUUGCCCAUAACUCUAGUGUACUACAUUCUUCUUGGCUUGUGAGACAUAUAUAGGAUUUAACAAAGCAUGGGGAAGCGAAAAAAAAUCUUAAAAAUCUAAUGUCAAGACAAAAGUACAUUGUUCAAGAAAAUCGAUAAUCGCAAGUUCAUUGAAUGAGUUUGAGGUCCUAUGAAGACUCCAAAACAUUUGGAAGAUGGAAUUUUUGACUUGAUUUGAAGCACAUAUCCUUGAUAUAAGGAUCUUGCUCCCCAAACACUACAACUCACAAAUUAGAGUGCUAAAUUUCCAAGAAGGAAUCAAGUGAUAUAAUAGAUUUUCUAAGAGGAUAACAAGGAAAGAUGACAAAUUUGAUGGACUAAAAAAAAGGUUAUCUCAGUUGUAUAUUGGCUUGUUAGUAUAAUAUAGACAAUGUUGUUUGUUGUAUCUGCAUGUUUAAUUGUAUAGAUUAGGGUCAUUAUGAUUAAUUAAGUAAAUGUAGCAUGAUAUGUUUAUAGAAAUAUUCUUGUCUUCUUUGCGAGGAAUUGACAAGCGAUUCUUGUUUUGUAUCUGAAA